AGUAGGAAUAGCAAGUGCAACGGCCCCUGCCAAACCAAAUGGACGCAUGACGGCAGUUACAAGGGUGAGGCUGAGCACAGUUACAAGAACAUUGGACUGGAAUGCGCCUUGAGGUACUAACAAGCUCUCCCUCCUCCUUCACAGUUCACACCUUCACCCUCGCACCUGGACCUUGUAUUUGCAAUUGCAGUUGAAGAGUCGUAAGUCCAAACUCCUAAACCCCUGGAUUGGAUUGGAUUGUUGCGUUGUAGAAAUCUAGAUAUUCUAGACAGGAAAUUGAGGAAGAAUUGAAGACGAUGAUGAUUCAGCUGCAAUCCCAAGUUUCAUCAUCAUCAUCAUGCCCAGUGGGCCCAAUCUCAUUUGAGGUUCCGAAAGGCCGGAUGUCUGCCUUGAAUGUACGAUCAGGAGGACGACGACGAGGAAUACGAUGUAAGGCGGUGGCGGUGGGAAUGGGGCCUUACACGGGGAGAGACCCAGAUGCGAAGAAGGCGGAAUGGCUAAGGCAGAAAGCCCCCCAGGGACACAAGUACGGGGAGGUCAAGGAGUCCUUGUCCCGUCUGAAUCUCAAGACGGUGUGCGAGGAGGCCCAGUGCCCUAACAUCGGCGAAUGUUGGAAUGGAGGUGGCGAUGGCAUUUCCACUGCCACCAUCAUGCUCCUCGGAGACACCUGCACCCGCGGCUGUCGCUUCUGUGCCGUCAAGACCAGCCGGACUCCUCCACCUCCCGAUCCCAUGGAGCCUCUCCACACUGCCACCGCCGUUGCCAGCUGGGGCGUCGAUUAUAUUGUUUUAACCAGUGUUGAUCGCGAUGACCUGGCCGAUGGUGGAAGCGGACAUUUUGCUCGCACCGUCCAAGCCCUCAAGACUCUCAAGCCUGACAUCAUGGUUGAGUGUUUAACUUCCGACUUUCGCGGUGACUUGACGGCUGUACACACUCUGCUUUACUCUGGACUUGAUGUUUUUGCACACAACAUUGAGACCGUCAAACGCCUCCAGCGAAUUGUCAGAGACCCUCGCGCUGGGUAUGAGCAAAGCUUAUCUGUUCUAAGACAUGCAAAGCAAAGCAAGAAGGGGAUGAUAACAAAAACUUCUAUAAUGUUGGGCCUGGGAGAAACAGACAAUGAGUUGAAGGAAACCAUGGCUGAUUUAAGGGCUAUAGAUGUUGAUAUAUUGACACUUGGACAAUAUUUACAGCCAACUCCAUUACAUUUGACUGUCAAAGAAUAUGUCGGCCCUGAGAAAUUCGUUUUCUGGAAGGAAUAUGGGGAGUCUAUUGGAUUUCGUUAUGUAGCCAGUGGCCCCUUGGUCCGGUCCUCGUAUAGGGCAGGGGAACUGUUUGUUAAAACAAUGGUCAGGGAAAUGGCUAACAGCUCUACUGGCGUACCUCAGUAACUUAUGGACUUCAAUAUGGAUGGCUACUUUGCAAUGAGCUGAUAACCAUAAAUUGUUAGAGGGUCUGAAUUUCCAAGGUUUGCCAUAUAUAUAAAUUUUGGAUCAAUUGAGAAUGUUGAUGUGCCGCAAUCAUUUGUUUAUUAAUCAUAGUUUACUUUGGCAUUCCAGUGCGAACACGGUUGUGUCGGAACGAGGAUUUUCCCAUCUUUCUGUUAACAUUUCAUUUCAAAUUAGGAGAGGAAAUAGAGUUACGUUGGUUGCAAACUUGCAAUUUCAAGUGGAUGGACUAGUACGAUGGUAGCUGCUUUGAUGAACAUUUGCAGUUGCUUUUGCUUUAAAUAAAUAUGGAUAAUAUUGAAUCAAUGAUAGGUUUUUGGGCCAA